CCCAUUGGGUGCCGCCGGUCACGGGGCCGCGCAUGGCCCCGAGUCCCCUCGCUGCCGCCGCUCCGCCCGACCCCUGUCCCGAUCCCGCUCCCGGUGCCGAUCUUAACCCACCCCCAUCCCGGUCGCGAUCGCGGUCCCGGAGCGCCGUCAGUGCCGCUGUCGGCGGGGCCCGGCCAUGGCGGAGGGCGGUGCGUGGCUGCUGGUGCUCAGCGCCGUGUUCCUCUGCAACGCGCUCAAGAUCCUCCUGCCCUCCUGCUCCUCCGUCAUAUCUAGGUUGUUGCAAAAGGAUGCAGAGCAGGAGUCCCAAAUGCGAGCUGAAAUUCAGACCAUGAAGCAAGAACUUGCAACCAUCAGUAUGAUGGAUGAGUUUGCCAGAUACGCCCGGCUGGAAAGGAAGAUCAACAAAAUGACUGACAAGCUCAAAACUCAUGUGAAAGCACGAACUGCCCAAUUGGCCAAAAUAAAGUGGGUUAUAAAUAUUGUAUUCUACAUCUUACAGGCUGCCUUGAUGAUCUCCCUGAUUUGGAAGUACUACUCUGAGCCAGUUACUGUGCUUCCAAGCAAAUGGUUGGCUCCUCUGGAGAGGCUGGUGGCCUUCCCUACAGGGGUGGCAGGUGGUGUUGGAAUUACCUGCUGGCUCGUGGUUUGCAAUAAAGUUGUGGCUAUCAUGCUGCACCCCUUCAGCUGAAGGAAUUCCACUGAUCCAUGGAAUCCUCAACUGCAUUUUCACCAUUUUCACUAUUUUAAAUUAAUUAAAAAAAAAAAAGGGAGAGUUGUCUUUCAUGAGACUGAGACAAUCCUUGUUAUUCCAGUUGGAUAUCAGUCAGUAUUCCCUUGGAUUUCUCUUCCCAGAGGUUGUCUUUUUUGGGGGGGGUUCAGUUUUGAAAGAACAGCAUUGCUGGUUAUAGAUCCUCAGUUUGGGUCUGUUCAUGGCAAAACCAUAAGAUUUUGGCAUGGCCUGUGGUUACCAACAUCUAAAAGGGUUGGAUUUGGGGUUUUAAAUUGGGAAUGGGCUGGCAUUAGGAAUUAAUUUGGGAUCUGUGCUGUUUCUUUGCUGUAUAAUAAUGGUGGUUUCACCCCCACAUGUUUGGUAGGUGCUAAAGGGCAGAGGGAGGUGGUUUGGUUGGCUCAGGGUAAAACAGAGUUUCCUUGGUAUUUUUUACCCUAGAAUUGGAAUAUUCCUGGGCUCUCCUAAAAAAUAACCCAUUGAUAGAUAAGUUCAAUCAAUUUUUAUCUCUUAAGAGACUCCCUUAGCCAAACACAGGAUGGCUGGAUACUUUUUCCUCCCUGACUUUUAAAAUUCAUUGAAUUUUUUCCUGGUUUUAUUGAUAAUUGACCUUUCCUUACUUGUUUUUUCUGCUUCCCAAACUGAGGAUCACUGAAACCAUUUCCUUCCAUGUUUCACUGAAACUGUUCCCUUCCAUGUUUUGGGAGGAAAGGUCUGGCCAACCUCCUCAAGCUCCAUUUUAAUAAAGAGAGAGUAGAAAGUGCUGUUCCUGCAGAGGUGAUCCUGUUUUAGCGUCCCACUCUGGAAUUCCCACAGUGGAAUGUAUCUCUUCUGUUAUUCCAGGUCCUUCUGGGGCCAGAAACCCUCCAAAAUGAGCACUGCCUUUAGAAGUCAGAUCAAAAGGUCAUGUUAUGUUGUGUGUAUAUAUGGAUGAAAUGUUUGGGGUUUUUUUAUUGUUAAUUUAAAAAUUAGGGGUUUAUACUCAGAGUUACAUUGGGCCAACAUGAAAAUAGAUACAUUAGGUAUCAAACAUAAAAAACGUUGUGAUUGAAUGUUAUGUAUUAUUAUGGUUUUAUUAAGGAAAUAAAGCUUUUCAAGCCCUCUCA